ACAACAACAACAACAACAACAACAACAGACCACUCCGGGCAACAAGUCUCAGACCUUGGAUCCGCCCUCCACCCUCGUCGUCCGCGCGCCGCCAUUAUCCUUGUUGGCCAUCGUCGGCCCUGUCCCUUUCUCAUCCCAUCCGUUUUCCCUUUCAGAAUUUCCCCAUCCACGUGCCAUCCAUCUUCUCGACGAAGCCCUUUUCCGCACUUGAUUUACCUGAACGCUCCGUCCACAGUACACUGUACAAGAGUUCCCCCGUCAACCUCAACCUCCCUAGGUAGCAACUUGGAAAAGAGGAUGAAGAGAGAGUCGACUGAUGGGAUAGGCAAAACAGUUGGGAGCGAAAAAGAAAAGAAACAAAAACCAAAGCGACGCUAGGAAGAAUCGAGUGCAGUGGUCAACGGCACCAAAACCAUACCCGAUUCAUUCAGCCAUUCAACGCUCGGCGGGCGCCCCUGUUCCCCGUCGCACGGCACUAACAGAACUAGCACUGUGCUCCUCCUCCUCCUCCUCCUCCUCCUCUAGCGCUCCGACGGACUCUGCACCUGGAGUUUACAGACUGACACUGCACGCAGUGCCCUGCUGCGGCCCCGACGAGUCUGUCUUUGGUCUCCAGUCCCGUUCCAGUCCCGUCCAUCCAGGAGCCAGUGAUCUGAUCCCAUCCAACCCAGUCGACCCAGUCCACGCCCGCUGCCAGCCAGUCGAGUCCAGGCACCGCUCGAUAACUCUCCUCUUUCUCCGCCUCACUCUCCCAACCACAGUCCACCCACCGACCGGGCCACCACCACUCACCACCACCACCACGGCCCGGACUUCUUCAACCGCAGCAGCAGCGCAAGGAGCCAGGCCCAGCAACAGAUCAGCCAGCUCUCAGCAGCAGCAGCAGCAGCAACAGCAGCAGCAGUGCCAGCCCAGUCCAGUCCAGUCCAGUCCGCAGUCCGCCCGCAGUCGUCAACGACUGACUGACUGACUGAACCUGAGGACGAGACUAGACUCGCUACCUACCUCUACCUACCUACCUACCUACCUACCUACCUACCCACCCACCGCUGUCGCUGUCCCCAGUCAAUCCUACUACCUGACCUACCUUAGCCACGGAGAAAAAGGCGACCAAAACAGGCAAACAAAAUCUCCUACUGCCUCCUCGCACCGAGGCGCACGUCGAGUCUCCGAGCCUGAAGCCUCCGUCCAGCUCCAGCUCCCGCUCUCCUUUCGCGAUACAAUCCUUUUUUGAAAAACACAAUUCCCACCCAUCGCGGCGGGAUAUCUAGUACAAACAACCACCACAAACCCGACGCUCUGCAUUGCAAUUUCGCAACAUAACCACAUCAAGCUACCCAACCAGCAACACAGCCCAGAGACCAGAGAUCGAUUACAACGCCGCUCCCUAUUCUCUCGAGUCCAUCUCCCAUCUCGAUUCAAUUGAAACCAACUUCUUAGACCCGCAAACGCCCAUGAAGUCGCAAGAGUCGAUUGUUACCCACUAGCUUCCGCGCCUUGCCCGACUGCGUUUCCUGCUCUAUUCCGUCCCCAAGGCUCACGGCGCCAACGGCCGUAGCCCACAAUCAUGACUGACGGACCAACUCUCGCAGCUAUUGCUGCUCUCGUCAAAUCCCUGGCUGUCGACCCGGCCACUACCCAGACCUCUGGACUUCGCCCAAGCACCCAUGUCAGGCUUCCCGGUCCGUAUACCCGUGAGAAGGGUGAUCUGGAGCGUGAGCUCUCGGCUCUUGUUGUCCGCAUAGAGCAGCUGGAGACUGCCGCCAUCGCUGCCUCUCCUCCAGCCAUGCCCGAUACACCAAAUGCGCCAACCGAUGCGCUGUUUUCAAACGGCACCCUUUCGCCAUCCUCGGAAACGCCUGAUGCCCGCUACCCCGCUCCGCUACCGCGGAAUGGCUUCAUCGACGAGGCCCUUGAGGGUCUCCGCGAGCAUGUCGACGACCAGUCCAAGCUGCUUGACAGCCAGCGUCAGGAGCUUGCUGGGGUCAACGCCCAGCUGAUUGAGCAAAAGCAACUUCAGGAAAAGGCUCUGGCUAUUAUCGAACAGGAACGGGUUGCUACCCUUGAGCGGGAACUCUGGAAGCAUCAAAAGGCCAACGAGGCCUUCCAAAAGGCUCUCCGAGAAAUCGGUGAGAUUGUCACUGCCGUCGCCAGGGGUGAUUUGUCCAAAAAGGUCCGGAUGAACUCGGUGGAAAUGGACCCGGAAAUCACCACCUUCAAGCGUACGAUAAACACAAUGAUGGACCAGUUGCAAGUCUUCUCCAGCGAAGUCUCGCGUGUCGCUCGUGAAGUCGGAACCGAGGGUAUUCUCGGUGGCCAAGCUCAGAUCGAAGGCGUUGACGGCACCUGGAAGGAACUCACAGACAACGUCAACGUCAUGGCCCAGAAUCUUACCGACCAAGUGCGAGAGAUUGCUUCCGUAACGACUGCUGUCGCUCAUGGCGAUCUUACCAAGAAAAUCGAGCGUCCCGCCAAGGGAGAAAUACUUCAACUUCAACAAACCAUCAACACAAUGGUGGAUCAGCUACGGACUUUCGCCUCUGAAGUUACACGUGUCGCCAGAGAUGUCGGUACCGAGGGUAUCCUCGGUGGUCAAGCCGACGUUGAAGGAGUCCAGGGCAUGUGGAACGAACUUACGGUUAAUGUGAACGCCAUGGCCAACAAUCUAACAACCCAAGUCAGAGAUAUCAUCAAGGUUACUACCGCUGUCGCCAAGGGUGACCUUACUCAAAAAGUACAAGCUGAAUGCCGCGGUGAGAUUUUCGAACUGAAGAAGACUAUCAACUCUAUGGUGGACCAACUACAACAAUUUGCUCGGGAAGUCACAAAGAUCGCCAGGGAAGUCGGAACCGAAGGAAGGCUCGGUGGGCAGGCCACUGUUCACGAUGUUCAGGGUACUUGGAGGGACCUCACCGAAAACGUCAACGGCAUGGCCAUGAACUUGACCACACAGGUGCGAGAAAUCGCAAAGGUUACUACAGCCGUCGCCAAGGGUGAUUUGACCAAGAAGAUUGGGGUCGAGGUUCAGGGUGAGAUCCUGGAUUUGAAGAACACCAUCAACACCAUGGUUGACCGUCUUGGUACUUUCGCUUUCGAGGUCAGCAAGGUCGCCAGGGAAGUCGGCACCGAUGGUACCUUGGGUGGUCAGGCACAGGUUGAUAAUGUGGAGGGCAAGUGGAAGGAUCUCACAGAGAACGUCAACACCAUGGCCAGCAACCUUACAUCUCAGGUCCGUGGGAUCUCUACCGUCACACAAGCCAUUGCCAAUGGUGAUAUGAGCCGCAAGAUUGAAGUUGAAGCCAAGGGAGAGAUACUCAUACUCAAGGAGACUAUCAACAACAUGGUUGACCGACUCUCCAUUUUCUGUAAUGAGGUGCAGAGAGUCGCCAAGGAUGUCGGUGUCGAUGGUAUCAUGGGAGGACAAGCCGAUGUUGCUGGCCUGAAGGGCAGGUGGAAGGAAAUUACCACCGAUGUCAACACAAUGGCGAAUAACUUGACGGCUCAAGUGAGAGCGUUCGGCGACAUCACAAAUGCAGCAACAGACGGGGACUUUACAAAACUCGUCGAGGUAGAAGCCUCGGGCGAGAUGGACGAACUCAAAAAGAAGAUCAAUCAGAUGGUCUACAAUUUGAGGGACAGUAUUCAACGUAAUACCCAGGCCAGGGAAGCCGCCGAACUGGCCAAUAAGACCAAGUCCGAGUUUUUGGCGAACAUGUCCCACGAAAUACGCACACCCAUGAACGGCAUUAUCGGCAUGACACAACUUACUCUCGAUACUGACCUGACACAGUAUCAGAGAGAAAUGCUCAACAUUGUCAACUCCCUGGCCAACAGCUUACUGACCAUCAUCGACGACAUUUUGGAUCUGUCCAAGAUCGAAGCUAGGCGUAUGGUCAUCGAAGAGAUUCCUUAUACGUUGCGUGGCACCGUCUUCAACGCGCUCAAGACUCUUGCCGUCAAGGCAAACGAGAAGUUUCUGGAUCUUACCUAUCGUGUCGACCAUUCUGUACCCGACCACGUCGUCGGAGACUCCUUCAGGUUGCGCCAGAUUAUUCUUAACCUUGUUGGCAACGCUAUCAAGUUCACCGAGCAUGGUGAAGUCAGUCUUACCAUCCAGAAGGCCUCUUCAGUACAGUGCAGCACCGAAGAGUACGCUAUCGAGUUUGUCGUUUCCGACACUGGUAUCGGUAUUCCGGCGGACAAGCUGGAUCUCAUCUUCGACACUUUCCAGCAGGCCGAUGGUUCAAUGACUCGCAAGUUUGGCGGUACUGGUCUCGGUCUCUCCAUUUCCAAGCGUCUUGUCAACCUCAUGGGUGGUGACGUGUGGGUGAAGAGUGAGUAUGGUAAGGGUAGCAAGUUCUUCUUCACCUGCGUGGUCCGCUUGGCCAACGACGAUAUUUCGUUGAUCGCCAAGCAGCUCAACCCUUACAAGAGUCACCAGGUCCUGUUCAUCGACAAGGGCCGCACCGGACAUGGACCGGAGAUCGCCAAGAUGCUCCACGGCUUGGGCCUCGUUCCCAUCGUCGUCGACUCGGAGAGGAAUCCUGCGCUCGAGAAGGCCAGAGCUGCCGGCCAGGCGCCCUACGACGUCAUCAUUGUGGACUCGAUCGAGGAUGCAAGGCGCUUGCGGUCUGUUGACGACUUUAAGUACCUUCCCAUCGUAUUGCUAGCACCAGUCGUUCACGUCUCGCUAAAGUCUUGCCUUGACUUGGGUAUCACGUCGUACAUGACGACGCCUUGUCAACUCAUUGACCUCGGUAACGGCAUGGUCCCUGCUCUCGAAAAUAGGGCUACGCCGUCGCUGGCGGACAACACCAAAUCUUUUGAGAUCCUGCUUGCCGAAGACAACACGGUCAACCAGAGGCUCGCGGUCAAGAUCCUGGAGAAGUAUCACCACGUCGUCACCGUUGUUGGAAACGGUGAAGAGGCUGUUGAGGCCGUCAAGAGGAAAAAGUUCGAUGUCAUUCUUAUGGACGUCCAGAUGCCUAUUAUGGGCGGUUUCGAAGCUACGGCCAAGAUUCGCGAGUACGAGCGCAGCCUCGGCAGCCAGCGCACACCCAUCAUCGCCCUCACGGCGCAUGCCAUGAUGGGUGACAGGGAAAAGUGUAUCCAGGCACAGAUGGACGAGUAUCUCUCCAAGCCGCUGCAGCAGAACCAUCUAAUCCAGACCAUACUCAAGUGUGCGACGCUCGGCGGGCAACUACUCGAGAAGAACCGGGAGCGCGAGCUGACCCGUGCUGCCGAUGCCGUCACAGGCGGCCGCCGCGACAACGGCAUGUACUCUGCCAGCCAAGCCGCGCAGCACGCUGCGCUCCGCCCACCCCUCGCCACCAGGGGCCUCACUGCCGCCGACAGCCUCGUCUCCGGCUUGGAGAGCCCAUCCAUCGUGACGGCGGAUAAGGAGGAUCCUCUGAGCAGGGCACGUGCAAGCCUCUCCGAACCCAACAUCCAUAAAGCAAGCUAACCGUGUGGAUGGGUCAAUUCUGACUUUUAUUGGAGGAAUUUAGCUGGUCAUACGAGCACAUACUACUCUUUGAUCAACAUCGCGUGCGAUACACCAAGCAACCAACGGCCACGCCAACUUAAAGUGGAAGAAGGUUUUUAUGAGAUGGGAUGGAAGGAAAAAGAAACGAGGAGAGAAAGGGAGGAAGAAAGGAUGGAAAGUGGAUGGAGUCCGUGUUGUCUUUAUCGUGUUGUGUGUUUUCUCUGUCCGGUACCCGGGUUCAAAUCAGGUUUUUAAGGUCCAAAGGCGGUUUCUGUUAUCAACAAGGCAUUGAAAUUAUUACUUGCGGCUGGUUUGCUAGUUUUCAAUUUUUGUAUGUCUUGUUCCUCUGUCUCGUGUCUCUCUCGUAUUUACUGGUUCGACUGUUGCUUUGCCAUCGCUGCUAGUCUCGUCUUUGCCGGGGCUUGUUUGUUGCCGCUGCUGCUGCUGCUGCUGCUGCUCGUCUGUCUUUCUGCUGAUCUGGCUUUUUUUGGUUGUUGUCGUCUGGCUUGCUUGACUUUGAUGGCUAAGAAAUGGUUAUCGACUUCCUGUACCUUACUUAGCCAGACCAAGGGGGACCUGUUGGGUUGCUGCUUCGUCUCUCUAUGGACUGACAGGAGUGGCUUCUCUUUUCUUAACACUAUUGCAUGAUACCUAUACUAUACUGCUAGUACUACUACUACUAUUACUAUCAGCACUACUACUAAUAAAUCCAGGAGUACAAUGAACAUAUAUAUCCUAGCACGUCAUCCGAG